AUGGCCGCCGGCGGUGGCAGCAAAACCAGCGGCGGCGCGAGCAGCAGCAAACCCGCGCAAAACGCGGCGGCUAACACGGUGUCCAACUCGGCGGCAAACGCGGCGGCAAAUGCGGCCGCCAUGGCUCAGAAGUUCGUCAAGUCGGUGGAGUCGGCGCCAGUCGUGCGGAGAGUCGACGCGUGGGCGAUUAAGAAUAAGAUCCCCAAAGAGCUCUCUCUAGCCUUGCUCUGGUCCGCCGCCGUGCUAUCCCUCGCUGCAAUCACCCUCGUUUUAAGGUUCAUAUUCGGUCUGCUCCGGGUCGUCUUCUCCGCUGUUGGAAACGUUUUCCGCAAGACUCCCGCUGCUGCUGCUACUGCUGCUCCUGCUGCUGCUUCUCCCGCUGCCGCUGCUGCCGUUUCCGCCGUUGCCGUGACUCCCGCGGAGGCUGCGGCGCUGGUGACGGUGCCGACAGUGGAAGGGGUGCUGGAGGAGCGGGUGGAGGAGGAGGAGGCAGUUCGGCAGCGGCUUGUGGAGAUGGAAAUAAGGGAGAGGGAGGAGGCGAGGAAGAGAGAGGAAGAGAGGAAGAGAGAGGAGGAGGAGGAGAGGGAGAGAAUGGCAGCGGAGUUGAAAAGGAAGGAGGAGGAGGAGGUGAGGAAGAGAGAAGAGGAGAAGAGGAGGGCGGAGGAAGAGGAGAGGAAGAAGGAGGAUGAAGCGGCGAGAGUGCGUGCGGAGGCAGCGGAAAAGGAGAAGAUAGAGGAGGAGGAAAAGAGGAAGAGGGAGGAGGAGGAGGAGGAAGAGGCGAGGCGGAAAGCAGAAAUCGCUGCAGCAGAGACAGCAAAAGCGGAGAGGGAGGAGAGAGAGAAGGAGCAGGAGAAGGAGGAAAGUGAGAGGAAGGAGAGGGAGGAGAUAGAGGAGAAGGCAAGGCAGUUGGAGGAGGCGUGGCAGGAGGAGAAGCGACAGCGCGCCGAGCUGGUGGAGCAGGCUGUUGCUGACGUGGCACGCGCGUACGAGCGCAAGCUUGCUGAGCUGGAGGCGGCGCACGAGGCUGAGGUGGCGGCGGUGCGGCAGGCCACGGAGGCGGGCGGGGCGAUGGGCGACGGACAGGUGGAGGAGAUGGCUCGACUGAGGGAGGAAGCGGCAGAACUCCGCCGCGGCAUGGCGCUGGCGAAAGAGGUGGCAGAACAAGUGAUGGAUGAGGAGCAGAAGAAGACUCGGGAGAUUCGGCAGCUGAAGGCUUCACUCAAGGAGGAGAAGGCGAGGAUGGAAAGGGAGAGGGGGGAGCUGCAGGCAGAGAGGGAGGAGAUGGAGAGAGAAGCAAAGGAGAUCGAGGAGGAGAGGCGGAGGGUUGCGGAUGAGUUGGCAAGGGUGGACGGGGAGAAGGCUGGGGUUGAGGCGGCAAGGAAGCAGGUGGAGGAGAGGAGGAGGCGCAGUGAGGCGGAGAAGGAGAGAAUGAAGGAGGCGAAGUCAACAGCAGCAGAGGAGGGCCUUGCAACGGCGAUCCUAGAGUACCAGCAGGAGCGCCAGCAGUACCAGCAGCAGAUGGCAUCCUCUGCAGAAGAUUCCCAGAAGCUCACCUCCCGCGUGGCGCAGCUAGAAUCCUACCUGGCGGAGCUGCGCGCCAGCCUGGAAUCGUCCCAAGCUGAGCUGGACCGGACCAAUCGGGAAGCAGAGGAGAACGAGGCCCUGGCUGCUGAGCUGGAGGAGCUUCUUGAGGCUGCCCGGAAGGAACGGGAUUCGGUCAACGUGGAAAGUUUUCAGCAGCUGACCGAGGAGCUGGCAGAGGCUCAGGAGAGAAUGGUGGAGGAGGGGCGGCAGCAGCAGGAGCGGGCGGCACAGCUGGCGGAGAUGAUGCAGAAGAUGCCGAAAAUCAAGGCUGAGCUGGCAACCACGCGGAUGGAGCUGCGCCGAGAGCAAAACACGCGUGCAGCUGAGGUGGUGUCUCUGUCAGCAGCACUAAUCUCCGCAAAGGAGGAAGCCAAGGCUUUAAGAGAAGCAGCAGUGGGGGCAGAAGCGAGGGUGAGGGAGGAGUUGAAGCAGGCUGAAGAUGCGUACAAGGCUGGGGUGGCGGCGACACGAGAACGUAUGACAACCAAGAAUAUUGUUCAGAUGGGAAAGGCCCGACUAACAGCGCUGCAGCAACAGGUGCAAUCGCUGAGAGAGACCCUCAAGGAGAAGACAGAGGAGCUUCAGCACGCGCGCGCUCAACCAAAGUAG